GCGCGUUACAAACUUGGCUAACAGCUAAAAGCAGAGACUGCAAGGAAGUUUUUUUGAGUGAACGAAAACGAGCGACGGAAACGAAAACGAAAACAAAAAAUGAAGUUGGCUAAGAAGUGCUCCACCUACUUGGUGAUAUGCCUGGUUUUGCUGGCCUGCUGCUUGGAGGAGACGGAGGCCACGCGACGCGUUAACCGCGGUCGACGCACCCUCACCCGCAGAUACUUCAAUGGCCUUGCCAUACCCGGCUGGGCCAUGAUCAUCUGCGUGGCCCUCGGCGAGCUGAUUGUGGGCGGAGCUCUGUACUUCAUCAUGAAGAAGCUGAUUCUGGACAAGGAACCCGACGAGACGGCCACCUCGUAUACGCCGGCUGCCACCACCUACACCCCGGCUGCCACCACCUACACCCCGGCCCAGACGCACGAGCCGGCCGCUGCCACGCCCAGCCCACCCCCAACGCAUGCCACGACCAUUGCCUGAAGAGCAGUGUCUCCAGCCACGGCCACAGCCGGAAGUAGUCCAUAGUCCACCCAUAGCUCUUAGUGAUUCAACCCAAUCCAAUUCAAUUCGAUUCAAUUCAAGCCAUAACCUAGCAUUAUUGUCAUCAAAUCUGCAUAAAGCCAGAGCACACAUUGUGCUGAGCCCUUUGAUUACCUUCAUUUUCGAAUAAGCAUUUGUUACAAAUAAAAGGCCAAUCAAAACUAGUUCAGAACCACCCAAAA